ACCAUUGCUUUUAAUCUUCUACUCGUAAUCUUAAUUGGGUGUCUGAUAAUUCUCCGAUUUUCCGAUUAGUUUCUUCUCUCUUUCGCAGCUAAAACUCGAUCUCCAUUUCUUCUUCUGUGCUAAUUUGUAAAGAAGAGAAAAACAAAAAAUGUCUGGUUCUCUGAGCAAGAGCCUCCGAUUGUCCCCAUCGUUCUUGAACAUCGUCGAGCAAGAGAAGAUGAGUAGUAUUAUUAGACCUGCAGCCGCGGCCGCAGCAGCAGAGAAGCAGGGUAUAGUCGUUGCCAUUCUAGGCUCUGACGACAGCGACAGAGGCAGAGCCUGUGCCGGCGCCUCUCUUCGACGGACGCUCUCCGCCGACAUGUCGUCCAAGAAAUGGCUGGCCCAGAACGGCUUCUACUCUCCCAUGAAAAAGAUUGCUUCCUCCGAAGAGCUCUCGCUUCCCGCUCUCAACUCGUUCAGCUCCUCCGAGGAUGAAGGAGAAGAAGAAGAAGACAUGAAUUGCCCCGGAGAGUUGGACAUCUGGAACUCGAUACAAGAACAAAAUAAGAGAAACGAGAAAGAAAAUGAGAAAGUAGGCAGAGAGUUCGAUAUUUGGAGCUCAAUUCUAUCUCAAAAGGAAAAAGAUAUUGAGUCCUCCAAAUCGCUCCCGCCUCCUUAUAUCCACCCUCUUGUGAAGAGAUCAGCCAGUUCUCUCAGCGAAAAGAGCCUCGAGGUUUGCACUGAAUCUCUUGGCUCGGAGACCGGCUCCGACGGCUUCUCAUCGGAGUCCAGCAGCGACGUCGAAGCGGAUAGUAAAGAAGACGAGGAAGAAGAGCAACAACAAGAGAAACAAGUACUAAUUGACGGAGAUAAUCAAGAAGAGUUCCGACCGGUAAAGUUUAAGUACUACUCCGGGGGCAGGAAAUCUGCUGCUCGGUCGUUCCCUCCGCCGCUCCUGUCGCUCUCCCGCAACGACGGCUCCCCCACGCUCCGAAUGCAAACCCGCCGCGACAACGGACGCCUCGUAAUGGAAGCGGUCUCCGUGCACUCGCAGAAGAACUUCGCCGCUCAGCGCCGAGAUGGCCGCCUUGUCCUGACGUUUGUCAAUAGCGCUAGUACUGCUGAUGAUGUUUAUGCCAUAGCUCCCUCCGCUGAAGAGGUGAAGAAGGAAGAAACGGAAGAGUUUGAGGAACCGCUUUUUAACUUUGAGGACGAGAAUGAAGGCCAAAUUGAUCAAGAAGAAGAAGAAAAUAACGAUGAUAACGAUGAUAAUGAUGAUGAUGAUGAUGAUGAUGAUGAUGAUGAUGAUGAUGAUGAUGACGAUGAUGAGGAGUUUGAAAAUGGAGUGAAGAGAAUUGAAAUUGAAACGGAGAAAGAAGCUGAAGUGCCGAAAGUACUGUCCACAAGGUUGAUAAAUUUCCACAGGCUAGCCCUAAUGGUGAACAAGUCCAUUGGGUUGCCAAACAGGAAUAUUUCAGCCACAGCAUGGCCUAAUAACAAGCUCAAUGAAAAAGAGGAGGAAGCAACCCCGGUUAUGGCACAGUCGCUCCCGCCCCGACCGCGACCCGUCGGUCGGCUGCCGCAGGCCAUUGGCCAGGUUUCCACCACCACCACCGCUGCCGGUACUGCCGCCUCUUUCAACGCCUACGAGUACUUCUGGCGACGGGCCAAGCCGACGGUCUCAAUUAUAAACGACAAGAAACUCAUUGUAUCCCAGGUCCAAACGACAAACGACAAUCGCCUUGAAAACAAUCAGCAGCAACAAUUGGUCGUUUUGAGAGGGAACAAAGGGGAAUACUUGGCGCCAUUGUUAAAGGGCUGCAAGGAACCGAGAAGGACGCUUUUCUGGGAGCCCUAUUGCAUUGCCACUUCCUGAUUUUAUGAUCAUCCUCGUGACAACGACAUAAAUAAUAUAUGUUAAU